AUGCCGGUCAAAACGCCGGAUAAAAAGCCAGAGAACCCCCGUCCCACACAAAAUUUGGUGAGAAACAACAUGACACGCGAGCUUCGAGCCGGCGAAACGUUCAUAGCCAGAUUCAAAAGUUCGUUCAUUGGGCAUAAAACGGACAUUUGGCUUUGCGUCAUUCUCACAGAAGAGUUCGGACCAGGCAAGCAUUGCCAUGGGCGCCCAAAAGGAGCAAAGCCUGCUGAGGGUGCAUGGACUACGCCAUUGAAUGAGCGGAUGUACCCGAUUUAUAUGCCCGGCCGCAACGACUGUCGAUGGAUCCUUAUCAAGGAUAUCUACAUUUUGGGAGAAAGUGUUCCUGAAUUCCUUGCCCAUUCAAAGGACCGUGACAAUGUGUCCUUGUUCCGAAAAUUGCAAAGGAUUGCGCUGAAAGUUCCUAAUUGCAAGUUUUGGGAGAAAAUGGCAGAGAAAGAGAUGCAGCUGAAGGGCAAAAGGAGUCGCAACCCUUCACUGACAUUGCCAGAUGGUUAUGAAGAUAUCCUGACGGACUCAGAGGCAGAGGAAGUAGCUGGAUAUGAUACCGAUGAGGGUCCAGCGGAACUUGAUGCUGGGUACGCAUCACCGCCACCAGCUAAGGUACAGGCCAGAACGGCCUCAUUCUCUGUGUCUCGGGAGAUAAAGGUAUCUGGAGCAGGUGAUAAACUGCCAAAAGCAGAGAAAAGGCAAAUUGUUCAGCACCUAAGCUUCCCGGGCGAGAGUUCAUCUUUUUUGAACUAUGCCUCUACGCCAGGUUUGUCUUUUGGAACCACAAGUUCUGAAACUAGCACUCAACAAGGCUCCGUUGAGGUUCAGAAGAACAUACCUCCUCUCACGUCCCUAAGUCCGAUCAAGCUGAAAAGAGAAAAGAAAACCAAAUCCAAUGCAGCUCAGGAACCAGAUGAGGAUAUCUGGAAACUCUCCAUGUCUGAAGUAGCCGAAAGAGUAUUGGUUCAGGGACCACGGGCGAAUGAGCUUUUGGAGAUCUUUCAUGAGAUGUUGAAAGUUCAACGCCAACCGGAAUCUGCGAAAAUCAAAUCAUUCAUGCAAACUUCCGAAUUUUCGCCCCGUCUAAGCCAAAUUAACAAUCCAGCAAAUAAUUGGAGCAACGACACUGCCAACAAAAACAAAUCUGGGAAACUGCUCGGAGAUUACCUAGAAAAGGGUCGCAUUUUGCAACUUGAAAGCGUCAGGGAUUCAAACACCCUUCAACAAGAGAUCGUCUCACUUGGACAUCUCUACAAGUAUGCUCGUCGCUUUCAGAAACCGAAACUGAUAAAGAUGAUUGCAAUCAAACUUCAAGUUGCAUGGAAUUCUUAUCCAGGUCUAUGCCAGCUCAAGCCUAUACUAGACGUUGCUAGUAUAGUGUGUCAAGACUUCUCAUUGACGACAAAGGACUAUCUACAAAACUGGAUCUUGAACUUCAUUGCAGACACAAUGGAUCUCUUCUUACAUGAUUGCUCUGAAAAGUAUUGGUCUGCUAUGCGAGCUUUGCCAGAUCUGUUUGAUGCAGUUACCAAACUCAGAGCAGAAUUCAUCGUCAGGUUUCCGGGGAGGUAUAGUGAUGUUCGCGUUUUGCUUAGCAGUCGAGGAAUUGAUCAGAUCUGA